CCUGGCCUGUGUGUCAGUGAGUCAGUCGGCCGACCUCUGUCCCACGCGCGCAGUCGCCGCGCCGUCGUGCUGUGGCGUGAUGCGCUAAUUGCCCGCCACUCGCGCACCUCCGGCCCCGCAGUCGGUGGUCGGGACUCUCCCGAGAUCUCUCGCGGCUUCCCGCGAACCGUGGAUCACAUCUGGGUGAGGCAGACAGCUUCUUGGGCCAGGACUUGCAUACGAAUCCUACACUGUUUGCUGACUCCAAGUCAAACAGUGCCUCGGUCAUUAGCUCAGUGGACUUGUUCACGCCGCGGGCCUCGGUAUCACAUGCUGAGGCUUCUCGCUUCUCCUCCGUCGACCAGACACCAAGUGCUUUGAACACUGCUCAGGCACUGCAUUCUCAACAGUUUACCCCUUCGAGCACCGGGAUUGUGUCGUACGGUGGCCAUCAGCAGACACGCGGGCUCUCCCCGCGCCCGUCACCUUCACAGACACCAGGAUCCAGGCCCGACGCUUCGUCGUCUCCCCUGGUUGGGGUGCCUUUGGUGUCGUCCCCGCCUUCGUGGCAGCCCUCUCCUGUCGUCGUGUCGAGAGCCUCCCCAGCCCCGCCGGCUUCCUCGCUGUUCACAGGCCAGCCUCUGCAACAGCCGUUCAAGCCUGAGACCACCUCUCACGAUUCACAGUCCAAUUUCUUCCACGGCCAGCCUUUGCUAAGGACUCCGUCCGGCACACCGCCACCUUUCGCUCCCACCCGUGCUCAGAAUCCUCCGCUGUUUCUGUCUGGUCAGUCUUUGCUUCAAGCGCAGUCUUCCACGCCCCCUCCCGGGGCCACCGGCCCGCAGGCCUACCACCCGCAGCAGCCUCAGGCUCCCGACAGACACGGCGGGCAGUUGGUGUUGCAGGGCCCAUCUUCCUGGGGUGCCGCGACUUUGCCCGAGAGCGUUCCUGCCCAGCUAGGAGUUAGCCCGCAGCUCACACCACAGCCACCACCGCCGGCUCUGUUUCACGGCAGCUCGCUGCUGAGGCAGGCAUCGUCCGGCCAGAGCAGUCAGCUAGCUGGACCAGGGUUGCCACCACCAACUGCUCCUCCUGCCAUUCCAGUCGGCCCUUCGCCUAACUCGUACCGUCUUGGCAGCCAGAAGAAGCUGCAUUACGCACAGCCUCCGGGACUGACUCGCUCUGUGGUGCCGGCAUCGUCCCAGAUCCCUCUGUGCGCUCCGUCGCCACCCCAGGAAACCUCGCUACCCCCUGCUGCUGCUCCCUACACACCCAACAAUUCCUCGCUGUUUGGAGCUCCUGCCUUCAGCCCCCGCCCGUCACCUGGGGACAGCGCCAUCAUGGCAGACAGCCCGAGCCCGGUGCCCAUGGUUGACUCGCCGUACCAGUCGCCAGCACACCCCGAGACUGGUUCCGUCCCCAGUUUGCUGCCUCCGUCGUUCACUAGCGUGAGUCCAGGCUUGAGCGGAUUGAUGUACCGACAAGUAUACCAUCACUGGUUCCUGAAGACCGAAGUGGAAGGCAAAGUGUUUUGGAAUCCUUUCUCCAUGAAGGACUCUUUAGCCUUAGAGGAUGCAUUUACUUCAACUGACAUAUCACCAGACACUGUUGUCGCGACGAACGGUGGUCGCUACGACGUUAACAUCCUGCGACGUGAGAGGCUGGCUGUGUACUGGGACGAGCCACCCCACGAAGUGCGGCGUUGCUCAUGGUUCUCCAAGAGCAUGCUGGAAUCACGCUACAUCCCCUAUGAAGAAAACAUAUCGACGCGGUUGGAGGAGGAGUACAAGGUGGCGGUGACGACGAACACGUGGGGGAAACGAGUGGAACUCCCCAACGGCGAGGAAAUAGUGCUUCGCGGGUUCAACGAUAUAGUUCACUACCCCAACUCGAUGAUGCCUGAUGCUUGGGGUGGUCCUCAACCUCCCCAGAGGCCACGCACCGUGAAGCGAGGGGUGGACGAGUUUCACAUCGAAGAAGGAGAGUCUGAUAAAAUUGAUCACCUGCUGUUUGUGGUGCAUGGCAUUGGCUCUGUGUGCGACCUCAAGUUCAGGAAGGUCGAGGAAGUGGUGGAGGAUUUCCGGAGCCUGUCCCAGCAGCUGGUGCAGUCGCACUUCAGCUCGUCGUUCGAGCGGGGCGUGGCCAGCCGCGUGGAGGUGCUGCCCGUGUCGUGGCACUCCACCUUGCACGGCGAGGCGACGGGCAUCGACCGCAAGCUGCGGAACAUCACCCUGCGCAGCAUCCCCAAGCUGCGCCACUUCACCAACGACACCCUGCUCGACAUCCUGUUCUACACCAGCCCCGUCUACUGCCAGACGAUAAUGGACACGGUCGGAAACGAGCUGAACCGCAUUUACGAGAAGUUCCUUGAGAGGAACCCCAGCUACGAGGGAGGGGUGUCGCUGGUGGGCCACAGCCUGGGCUCUGUGAUCCUCUUUGACAUGUUGUGCCACCAGAAGGUGCGACCCGCUGAGCUGAACUCUGACGCACCAGCUGAUGGAGAUGACUCGUGCUCUAUUGGUGCAGAAGUGAUUGGGGACGAGGACGCAGUCAGGAAGGUUCCCCCAGAAGAGCGGAAGUUGUGUCAGCGCAUGAGCUAUGUCAUGGGCAGAGCCGGCACCGGCCAGCCGUACAUCACCUACCCCCAGAUCAAGUUCCAUCCCAGUGCCUUCUUUGCCCUCGGCUCCCCAAUCGCCAUGUUUGUGACCGUGCGAGGGAACGAGAUGUUGGGGGAAGACUUUACCUUGCCCACGUGUCCGGCAUUCUUCAACAUCUUCCACCCCUUCGACCCGGUGGCGUAUCGCGUCGAGGCCCUCAUCAACCCCGAAUCGACCACUCUCAGACCUCUGCUCAUCCCGCAUCACAAAGGACGGAAAAGAAUGCAUUUGGAGCUGAAAGAGACUAUGACUCGCCUUGGCACCGACCUGAAGCAGCGGGUGGUUGAAUCUGUACGCAGCACCUGGAACGCCAUGUAUCAGCUGGCCAUGUUCCAUCGCUCAGAUGAUGCCAUGUUGGAGGAGGAGGUCAAUAAGGUGCUUGAGCAGCAGAUGAGUGAGCACCACGAAGCCGAGAGCUCAAGCUCGACCAACGGAGAUGUAGAGAGUGAUAUGUUUCUCGGACGACUUAAUGGAGGUCGGCGAAUAGACCAUGUGCUACAGGAAGCUCCAUUGGAAAGUUUCAACGAGUAUGUUUUUGCAAUGACCAGCCACGUGUGUUACUGGGAUUCCGAGGAUACAAUGUUGUUAAUACUGAAGGAAUUGUACGGAUCACUUGGAAUCUCAGCUGACUCAAUCACUAGUCAACCAUCUGAGAGGCCUCAAGAAAGUUCACCACAGCCACAGUUUGACGCCUUUUCAACCGGGUUCACGAGCAGUGCUGCCACCACUGGCGGGCUGAGGAUGCCGGGGGAAUCGUACACUUCCCCGCUGCCAUCCGAGAUGUCGUUCGAUUCUGUCGGCAGGCAGCAGGUUCUGGGAAUGGACCCGACUGCUCCGCCGUCGGACAACCAAAACGUCGGUCCUCCACCCAUGUCCGGCUUUGUGAAGAAAACGUGAGGGCGAGCCGUUCUGCAGUAGAAUAGCACUUCCGUUUGCUCACGUUGCAGACUUCAGGCAGCCAAACAUAACUUUAAAUAUGUAACAUGUACUUACAUGGUUUUAUGUAAAAAGGAACUCAGUAUUUUCAUACGAGGGUUGUCGAAGUAAAUGUUUUUGUAUAAUAAUUUUAUAAAUUUUCUAAUUGUUUAUGUUAAUGUAUAUACCUAUAUAUAUAUAUAUUUGUAAAUGUAAAAUAAGUUUUUGUUGUUAACUUGUUGAAUAACGUAAUCAUCACUAAAAUGACAUGGUAGUAUAAGUAUUUUUUUAGGUGUGUAAAUAGACAUUAUUAAAUUGUUGUUUGUGUUACAAAUAUUUAAUCUUGAAAUAGUUUUUCUAAUAAUAGAAUGUUGAAAUUUGUUGCUUGGUUGUGAGUUUUUCCCACUGUUUACCCAAUUUUUGUUAGAAAAACGUCAGUAUUACCCAAACACAGUUGCUCCUUGAAGGAAUUAAGUACUUGGUUUCAAAGUUCACACACAAAUUAUAUUUUUGAGAAUAUAUAGAAGUUAUCUAAUUUUACCAGGAUCCUCUGGUUUAGAGAAAAUAAAAUAUAUAAGACUUUGGCAACCAAAAUAUUGAUUUUUUUUCCUUCUAAACUGAGUGUUGCAUUGAUGCAACAAUUCCUAUUCUGCAUGGUAUUUGCAUAUUUUCUUUGUGAAUUAGGCAGGUUUAGAUGAGUUUCUUAUUCUUUAUUUGUGUCCUUGCUUUCUGAAAUUACUAACAGUCUUUGUGAAUGUAAUAAGUACAGAAAUAAAACAUAUGCAUUUAGUUUCUCAAGUGAUGGUUGUUUUGUAAAACAUUAUCAAUUUGUCAUUAAGGAGAAAUAUAGUCCCUUGAAAAAUUAUGUCUAGAACUAGUGUUAAUGCAAAAAUUUAAAUAUUGGUUUAGUAAAUCUGCCGUUAGCAUUACACAGGGUGUGUUAGCUAAAUAUGUUUUCCAGGAAUUAUAGUAUGUACUUCAUAACUGAUAAUGUAUUUGAAUUGAAUAUAAUACACUGAAAGGUCAUUAACAAAGUACUUCAUUUUUAAUUUCAUCUCACUUUAAAUAAUUCUUUAAUGUACAAUGUGUCUUACCUAGGUCCUAUGUUGGGUUGUAUAUUUGAGGGAAUUUGCAUAUUUUUUGAUGUAAUUUAUUUUUUGUAUUGUUCCACCGAAAAUUAGGUUUCAAAAUGCCAAAUAUAAAAGUUAUCUUUAGAAUUUUUUUUUAUGUGUAACAUCUUAGCUCUAGGUAUACUGCAUUUGAUAGAAGUAAUGGAAUGGAAAUGUGCAACAGUGAUUCAACCAUUUGUUGCAGAUGGCAUGAACCAGAAUUUACAAAGUCAAAGAGAAAAUUUAUAGUAUUAACGGUUUAAUUCCUUUUUUCAAGUUGGGCAGUAUAUUAAUAAAAAUAUUUGUCAAAAUUCCGGUUUAAAGCCAGGGUUUAGUAUUUUUUCAGGUCUUUUUCACUUUUAUUGGAGCCGUUUAUAAUAGUUUAAUAUUUCUGUCUGCUAAUUGAAUGUUUAGAUAGUUGAUGUAAUGAAUGCGCUGCUGUCUGCGUUUGAUGGUGAUAAGCCACAUUUAUGAUUCUGGUAUCGAAUUCUAGCGGUGGGUGCGGAUGUGUGGUUUGCGUCCAUGAAUUUACUUGAAAAUAUAUUUUGCAUAUAUUUAUCACACACUGCAUUGAACUGCGCGAUGCUUUGCUAUGUGGCUUUUCUAAUAUGUUGUAACCUAGAUUGUGGUACAAAUUCAUUCCUGGAAGCUAUUUGUAUAACGUGAAUAUUAAUGAAUAAGUUCUGUAAUUGAUAUAAUGUUGUUUUAAAAUUCGAGCUUCAUGCCUUUUGAUGCCAUAUUAACUAAUACUUUUAAUAUUGGUACAUAGGAAAUGAAAAAUAUUAAUUAUAAAACAAAAACAAGUAAUUUUCAUAGUAAUAGUAAUAAAAUUUUCAUUAAAAAUUAGUUCUGAAUGUGUACAAUCAGUCCAAUCAAUACCCAAUUCUAAUAUUUUAAUAACAAUUUUGCUCCUUAUUAAGUUUAGAUGUUACACAUCACUGACAAGUACUGAUAAUAUUCACUCACUUUUUUUGAUGUUGAUUUUACAAUGUGAUAUUGCAUAUUGAUUAAAACACUGUGGCUUGAAACUGCGGGAGAUAAUACCCAACUGAUUUUUUCGUGUCCACAAAAGAUUUGACUUGAAUGAUUGUGUUGAGUUUGGUUUUUUUGCCUUGUUGAGACACAAAAGUAAAUAAACUAAAAUGAAAGGUUUUGUUACAUUGUGAAAUAAAUAUGUUGUUACCAA